GCGCAUGCGCGUUGAGGGUGGAGCCACUGGGUAAAGGACCGGAAACUUGAGAGACAAAGUUCCGAGCCUCACCCCCAGCCCCGCCGACUGGCCCAGCGGACCCACCGCAGACCUGCCGACGGCCCGCGGAUCUGCCAUCCUUUCCAGUGCGCCAUGUCUGGUUCAUCCAGCGUCGCGGCUAUGAAAAAAGUGGUUCAACAGCUCCGGCUGGAGGCCGGGCUCAAUCGGGUGAAGGUUUCCCAGGCAGCUGCAGAUUUGAAACAGUUCUGUCUGCAGAAUGCUCAACAUGACCCUCUGCUGACUGGAGUAUCUUCAAGUACAAAUCCCUUCAGGCCCCAGAAAGUCUGUUCCUUUUUGUAGUAAGAUGAAUCUUGACAAGGUUUUCCAAACCACUUUUCAUAAACCAGUGAAUAUUCAAAGGAAAGCUAAAUUUGAAGCCUGUACAAAAGCCUCUCUGUAACGUGCCAUACUACACAAACUUCUACUUUUGUCAGUCCUUAAUGUCUACCUCUCUGAAUAUUCUUAAUUUUCUGUUUCACAAGGGUAAUUAUUUUAUAUACACUGAUGGCAGCAUACAAUAAAAUACUUAGUAUAAAAGUUUUAUGUAUUAAUUUGUUUUGU